ACAACUCCAUUGAUUCCAUAAGGACUGAUAUGAGCACUUUGCUUCAUGGUCUGUUCCUCUGCACUUUACAGCUAAUAAGGGAAUUAUAGAGUGGGUCAGAAAGAAUGAUGUUUCUCAUGGAAUAUUAACUUACUCAUCAGGAAAUCUACAUUCCACUGCAAAGCAAGCAUCCGUGAGGAGGGCAGUGCUUACACCAAGAGCAGGAAUACUGUACAAUAACAUUCUUUAGCUUGUGUGCUUAUGGAGAGACUGAUGGAGCUCUAACCCAUUGACACGUCCCCUUUGCUGAUUCAUUGAUCUGCUUUUAAACAGAGGGAAGGAAGCAAAAACUUCCAGUCUCCAGCUGCAGAACAGUGCACAGUAGAGCUUCAGGAUUGUAAGAAACGACCAAGGAACCAUGAAGUGGAAUUCAUUCAGCAUUCAAAUUUUCUCUUUAUUUGCAAUAACUUUGGUUUAUGGGCAGUGUCCGAGUGACUGCAUAUGCCCUAGGCCUGGCCAGGUGGAUUGUUCUGGACCAGAAGUCUUAGUGAUUCCAGAUAACAUUCCUCAGAACAUCAGAACACUGCAGAUAGUCAACACUGAGGUUACAGAGCUACCAAAUGGCAUUCUUCAGAAUAUGACUGCCUUACUGAUUUUAAGGAUUGAAAAAAAUGAACUGUCUACCGUGGGAUCCACAGCAUUUCACAACCUAAUAUCUCUCCGAUAUCUCAGUCUGGCAAACAAUAAACUGCAAGAACUUCAUGGCAAUUUGUUUAAAGACUUGGCAAAACUGGAGACCCUUAUUUUGUCCAACAAUCAAAUCAACCAGAUCCAUCCAUCACUAUUUACAGCACUCAGUAAUGUAAAAGAUCUUCAGAUGGUAGGAAACAAUCUGGAGUCCAUACCAGUAGGAGCUUUUGACCAGAUGAGCGGGCUCCUUAAACUAAAUUUAGCUAAAAACAGUAUCAAAUACUUACCUCCCCAGGCUUUUGACAAACUUGCUAAACUUCAAACACUUCGUCUGUAUGAAAAUCAGCUGCAAGAUAUUCCAGCAGGAUUCUUAAAAAAACUUAGCAGCCUUCAGGAAGUUGCGCUACAUAGCAAUAAACUCAUUGAACUCUCUACAGAUACCUUCUCUGGCAAUCCAUAUUUACAGAAAGUGUUCUUAUCAAACAAUGAGAUUGAUUCAUUGCCACGGGGUAUAUUUCUGAAUUUACCUGAGAUCACCAAACUAACACUUUAUGGAAAUGCAUUAAGAGAGCUAACCACGGGAGUAUUUGGUCCUAUGCCAAAGCUAAAAGAACUCUGGCUUUAUGACAACCAACUUGAACAACUUACAGAUAAUGUAUUUAGUAACCUUACAGAAACAGUGCUGCUGGUUAUAAGUAAGAACAAAAUCCGCUCCAUCUCUACUCACGCUUUUUGUGGACUGGAAGAACUUCAAGAGCUUUCACUGCACACGAAUCUUCUUACAACUUUGGAUCAAGAUGUUCUCAAAUGUUUACCUAAGCUGCAGAAUAUUUCCCUUCAUAGCAAUAAGAUUCAAUAUCUCCCAGGUGACCUCUUUAAAAACAUGGACACUGUAAUGAACAUACAGCUGCAAAACAACUCAUUGGAGGAUAUUCCACAUGACUUUUUUGACUCGUUGGUACAGCUAAAUGAAGUCAAACUUUAUGAAAAUCCAUGGAAAUGUGACCACAAUCUCCUCUCUUUAAAAAACUGGUUAUCGGAAAACAUGAAUAAACUUGGCAACCUCAGUCAAUUAGUCUGCACCAAUUCACCUUUUAAUGGUAUACCCAUUUCUGAAUUAAGUGAUGAGCAAUUAACAUAUCAGGAUUUUACAGUGGAACCAGAUUUGUUCCACUCCACAUUCAACUAUGAUACAAGUAGUCCUGACAAAACAUAUCCUACUGCCAGUACCCCCAGGCCUACAGAUACCACAAUGAUCCAUGAUUUAGAGGAUGUUUCCAUGAUGGAUGAAACACUUGUGCCAGAUGAUGACACAAAAGACCAUGAUAGAGGUAACAUGGUGGGCGGUGUUGUAAUUGCAAUAAUAGUUUUGUGCUGCAUUGCCCUGGUGGCUGCUGCCAUUGCUUGUAUACUAUUCAACAGAAGGAAGAAAAGCCAUGUGAUUCUCAUGAGAAUGAAACAACAAAACCAGUCAAAUAAAAAUGGUGAAUGUUAACAAUACACUGUUAGUCUGCUGUUUCCUUAAGGAAACAACAUGGCAAGGCCUUGUGUUUUGGUAUAUUACGAAACAAAUGAACAAUUACACUAGGAAAUGAGAAUUUCCUUUUAUUCUCUGUUUUACAAUUGUUGAUAGUGGGCUCUGGUUUGUGUGACAGCAAGGGUACUGUAUAUUUUCUGUCCAAAAAAAGUCCAAGAUGCCUAUAGAACAAUGAAAUAUAUAAGUGUAUUUUAUUGCAUAUGCCUAUGCAUUUGAACAUAUGCAGAAUUAGCAAUUACAAAACUAUAUCAUCUGCCAUCAUCUUGUUCCGGUUUUUAAUUUGGACCGCAAAAUAAAAGAGUCUAAUGGUGAUAUGUAAUAAAAGAUGUAAAUGGAAUAAAAGUUUACAAAGAUAAGGAUAAAAUAAUGCAUUUUGCAAUGCAUUACUGUUCUCUACAGAGUUAAUUACAUUGUGAAUUUUAAUUGAGCACUGCGCAUUUUUAAUUACUUAUUUUUCUGCUAUAUUACAUUCACUGCUCUUUUGAAUAAAAUAUUUUUUUCUUUUUUCCAUUGGUGGUUAAGUCACAAUGUUACAUAGCUUAACUGUGGGAAGAGGUAAAAUUGUUGGCACUGGACAUUUUUUUCAAUAACACCAUUAACUGCGUUAAUCUAGCUCCAAAUGCAAUCAACGGGUUAAGAAGCUUGGUGCUAAUUUGAACGUAUUGCCCAUUGUGUGAAGCUACUUUAGAGGAGGAAACAUUAACUCUGGGAAGUGCUAACUGUGGAAAUGACACAUACUAUAUUAUAUAUAUAUAUUGUAUUUGCAUUUAGUUAUAAUAUAUUCAUUGGCAUGAAGGCACUGUUAGAUAUUCUUUGCUAAAAUAUAUAUCUAGGGUAUCUUCUGAUUUCUCUGCAGUUAACAAAAUUUAUGAUAACCCAUUGGAUUCAUGUAAUAAAAGGUGCAAAGUUUGCCCAGGUCUUAUGACCCAUUUCAACUAAGAUGUUUGCUUUCAACUAGGAUUUAUGAAAAGUGCAAGCAAUAAUUGACUGCUAUAAGUGCCUAUACAAAUAAGUGCCUAACAAACUGUGCUCCUUGUAUUAUAUUACACCUAGUUUUGUAAAUAUUGUCAGUAGCAUAUUAACCUUAUACACCCCAUCAUUUGCACAUGACUGUAUUAUUUUUUGGAAGAAGUUCUGAUCCAGUUUUGUACUCAACAAUUCCUUCAUGAAUUAAUUAUACCAACAACAGCAAUGGAUGUAUUGUGAUGGUGGCUUAGUACUGUCAGUAUGGGAAAAUGCCACUUGCAGCCAGUUACCUCUCAGACAUACACUCAAGAGCGUGCACAGAAAUUCUAAGGCAAGCACACAUGACAAUCUAUAAUAUGCAAAAGAAUUUUGUUAGGAAACACAUUCUUUUAUAGGACUCACCCACUUCUCUGCUAACCAAGUGUGCACUUGGCUUUAAAAGUGUCAUGACAUCUCAAAUGUCAUUAUGUUGGUCAUUUCUCAGGAUGCUCAAAACCCCCAAAGAAGCUUCAUAUGGCAGUGCCCCUGAUUAUGGGACAUCUAGUCAGAGGCGGACCAAGGCGACCGGCCACCUCGCCCCUGCACCUUCCUCUCCCCCCUUCUCAUGUGCGGGAGGGGUCAUUGCCCUCACCGCGUAAUGAUACGUGGCAUGGGCAAUGACAAUGCAGCGCAGACUAGGGGUAAGCAGGAGAGGUUCUUUCCUGGCGACCCCCAGUCAUUGGGCCCUAGCCAGGUGCCUCUUCUCCUAUUUCCGGCUCUGCAUCUAGUAGUAACUAAUGAGCACAAAAGCACUCUGAAUGGUAAAUGAGGUGUUUGGAUGUGUUAAAUGUACACCAACUCUGUGCAAACUGUAUUUCAAACUAAGGAUGAAUCUAUAUUCUGACAAUAACACUCGCACUAUGGUGUUACAUAGUAGUGCUUUAUUUCAAGCAAAUUAUGAAAAGAAGUGUCCGUAGCUAUCAGGCACACUGCAGGCUGCACAGACUCACACCACGGGCACAGUCUUGCAUUUAUCCACUUUUGCUUAAAGACACUGAGACUAUUUACAAAAAGAAUAACAUAUGUAAUAUAUAUUUAUAAGUUCUUAUGAAACAAAAUGCAUAUUUUUGUUUGAUGCCAAUGUUAGGCUUAGUAUUCCUUAUCCCCACACAUAAUCUGAGGCUGUGGGCAUACCAGGAGAGCAUUUCCUACUGCAGGCAUCCUAGGGGAUGAAGGAACAAAUGAAGUAGAAGUACAUUAAAGGAUUUAACUUGCACAGGGGUGUAGGGAAGCAAGGCUGGGAGGGAAAGGCUAAAUCAAAAAAGAAGGGUUGGAAACCUUUACUCAGCCUUUACUCAGCCUUUACAUUGCAGGGGUGGUUGUGCCAAAAGGGGUUAAUUGCUGCCUUUUAUACAACUUCCUACACAUGCAUACGUGGUAAAACCAUUACCCUCUUUGUAUUUGCAGGUCUUUUUUAAAUGGCAUUUUUCUUGUCCCUUUGCUAGAUAUGUCUUUUGUGAAUUAAAUACAAAUGUUUCUACUUUCUACUACAUUUAUGUAAAUAUUGUGCAGCAACUGAAUUUAUUAGUCAUACGUUUUAUUACUUUUGUUUUUAAAUAAAAGUCUGAAUUUUUCAUA